AUGCAUCUCCCCGGGCACUCAACUAGAGAAGAUGAAGAAUCCCUUCUCCCUCAAGUACCGUUAGAUGAUACGGAUCGCACGAGGUGGUCAUCUAGAUGGAGAAAGAGUCUUCGCCCGAUUUCUCUCCGGGUAGCCGUUUGGCAAUGUCUCGCCUUUAUGAGGCCGAGUUUUCUAGCAAAGCGAUUAUCAGUCGAAGAAUCAGAGAAGUCAAAUGCGGCGUCAAAAAAGCCGUACUCGACCGAAUAUCUUGAUGGAGUUCGCGGUGUCGCUUCUCUGAUCGUUUUUAUUCUUCAUUGGACUCACGUUCCCUACCCUUCUAUCAACUCAGGAUGGGGAUACAAAAAUAAUACGUCGUUUUGGUUGUUACCGUUCGUUCGGAUCAUCUACUCUGGCGCCGCUAUGGUAUCGGUAUUUUUCGUCGUUUCAGGCUUUGUACUUUCCCACCGAUUCAUUCAACGGAUGCACCGCCAAGAGUAUCCGGAGUUGUUCUCCGGGUUGACCUCACUUACCUUUCGCCGGGCUAUUCGCCUAUUCCUCCCGGCCUUCGCGUCUAGCACGAUGGCUUUCAUCUGCGCAUACCUCAGUAUAAUAGAUAUCCCUAAGAAGGUGGAUGGGAAACCAUUCGAGCAUGGCCUAACGUCGUAUCUCGAAUACCUCGACAUGGAGUCGAACCCGUGGGAGUGGACGCCAGACUUCUCUGGGUUCUAUAAUCCUCAACUAUGGUCUAUUGCUGUCGAGUUCCGGGGCUCGAUGGUUGUCUUUCUACUCAUCAUCGGGCUUGCAAAGACUCGGACUGCCGUUCGACUUAUUGUCGAAAGCCUACUUAUAAUCCAUUGCUUCGGUCAUAAACGUUGGGAUCUCGCUCUAUUCAUCUCAGGGAUGUCUUUAGCAGAAAUUGAAGUGCUACUGAGGAAGCCUAAGAAUCCAUCUGCAAGAAAGUUAGUAAAUGGACUUCUUAUACUGACCAUGAUACUUGGUCUUUUCCUUUGCGGCUAUCCUCGAGACCACAACACCCAAACUCCCGGCUACAUCUGGUCAAAAUAUGUUUGGCCCUUAGGUGCAUACCGCCGUCGCUUUUGGUUAGCAAUCGGUGCCAUGUUACUUGUCGGCCCAAUGGCUUUCUUACCAUAUGUUCAAUCUGUAUUCCUUACUCGACCAGCUCGAUAUCUUGGACGGAUAAGCUAUGCUCUUUACCUUGUUCACGGGCUUGGCAACCGAACAAUUGGUAAAUGGUUGCUUGACAUCUGCUGGGCAUAUAUUGGAAAGGAAGGGCUCUGGCCUUAUGCCAUAAGCUUUACUAUAUCUACAUCGUUGUACUUCCCUAUCGUGAUAUGGGGCUCUGAUAUGUUCUGGAGAGGAGUCGAUGUACCUUCAACAAAUUUUGCAAGAUGGUUGGAAAAGAAAUGUGCUGCGCCAGCGGGUGUGAGGUAA